UUCCGGUUCCCGUGUUUCCCAUGAUGCCGUGCCCGGUGUGCAAAUUCAAAAAGUAGAAAUGGAAGAGGGAUCGAAGAGGAUAGAGUUUGAGCGUGCAAACAUGACUGUCAUCAAACAUUGUAAAACCAACGAAGUUUCUAACAACAGCACAAUUAUUCACACCGACCAGUGUACAUCUCACGAAGAAGAAUCAAAGGUUUCAUCUGAUGGAGAAAAGGAAAGGAACAUUGUGUGCCAGGUCGAUGAUCCUGAAUCCUCCGCUAAAUCUAAGGUGGAAAAUGUGUACCUCCUGGACAACAUUGGUGAGAGUGAGAGAGACAGGGAGUCUUUAACCCCAUCAGAGGACAAAGAAAAUAGAAACAGCUCCACACAUGUAAGAACAGAUCAUGAUGGUUGCCAGCAGAUGGAGGCUUUGGCCAGUUCUUCUGGCAGUCAGAGGGAUUGUGAAUCUAGUGGAGUGUCUGCAGACCACAUUGAUGAUGAGGAAAUAUUCAGGAGAGCAAGAGAAGAGGGACGAGUGAAUGUUGUCUUUCCCGGCCGUAUCACACAGGAAGGUUGCUGUAGAUUUGUUUGUGAGCUUCUGAAGUGUGUUCUUUACCAGCGGCAGCAGAUGCCCAUGACAUAUGACCAAAUGGUGUUCCUCCAGAAACAGCAGCAUAAUGCCACUCAGACAGAGGACGUGAUAAUUCGACGGUCUGGAAAGACAUCUGAGGGCUUGGAUCGGCGUCGGUGCCAGCGGACAUUGCAGGAGCUUGAUGAAGUGCUGGCCCACCUUGAGACACUGUUCUCUCUUAGCCAAGUUCCUCGUGUGCUUUUCAUGCUGGGUGGGUCUACCAUCCUUCCCACCGAGCUGUAUGAGGUGAACAUGGAAGCGGUGGCCGUAGGGGCCGGGGAAAACAGCUUAAGGACCUCAACCUGUCUGAGACAGCUUUUCCGCACGAUGUUUGUGGCUGACCUGUUGUCGGAUGCCAAGUCUGUGCGCCUCAUGACUACCACGGUCAUGGCUCUGGGUCACCGGGAUUGUGGCGUGACUGGGUUUAAGCCCAAAAUGGAUUUUAAAGUUCCCACAAAAGUGAGAAGGCAAGUCAUCUCUAUAGCCAGUGAUUUGUCUCUCACCGGGGAGUUACAAAAAAGAAAAAGAGAUCUGGAGGACUACAUAUGGUUUCAAGCCCCUGUCACAGUGAAAGGUUUCUGUAAAUGAUAAGAGAAUAAAGAGUAGCAGAUUUCAGGGAAUGUUGAAAUACAAUUCACUCCAUUCUCAGGGAUCACUGCUGUAUGAUUGACCAAAAGUAACUUUGCUAUUGUUGUAUUAUUAUUAUUUUUAUUCAGGAAUUCUGUGUGUAUUUACAUUUUUUAAAACCUCUGAUUAUUUAUGCCAUGUUUACAUUGUCAUCAGCUAAUCCAUGUAUUUUUUCAUUAUUAAUUUUACAGAAUACAGUGAUGUUUUUUUAAAGUUUAAUAAGCUUGGCUGCUACUCACUCCAAGACCAUUUGUACCAAUUUGUAAGUCAGUAUGAAUUAAAACCAACUGUUAUAUGGCAGCUUCUGGAAACUGAUGCAUGUACAUGAUUUUAAUUUACUUAAAAAUAAUGAAUGAUGUGUUUUAGGCUCUUUAAGUCUGUCAGUAUAUAUUUUCAUGAAAAUAAUGUAUUUUAACACUUCCAGUUGGUGCUGUAUCGUUGUACUGUUUGUUUUAAUUUGCAUUUCAUUCAUUUACAAAAGAACAUUCAAUCUUGAGGACAGGGUUCAUUAAAUCUGGUUGAAAUGGUGCAAACUUAUGAUUGUA